AUGGUUGAGAUUUUUGAUCCUAGCAAGGGCAGAUUCAUUGUACAAGACUUGGUUGGCGAAGUGUCUCUCGGUGCCGUGGAUGUUGAGUGCAUCUUGGCCUUAGAGAACCACAGACUGUCGGCAGAAGGUAUUUUCGGUGAGGAAGGUGAGGAUGUUAAAGAUCGAGUGCCGCCACAAUUCCCGUGGAAGACCACAGCAAUAUACGCAUGGGUGGACGAUGUGAAGCGUAUAUCCAAGAUUAAUUGGAAUGCGUUCACCCUCCGGGUUCUGCUGGACUGCCUUCGCAACGUGAGGAAAGGCAAACACCUCCGCCAAUGGCCGAGAGGGAACUUAGCUCUCCUGCAGUACUUGUACUGGGAGAAGGUUCAGCCUCUGGAAGGUGAAUGCGCAUUCAAUCCUAGCUUGUCCAUGGAACCUCUAAUGAGGAAUUGGACUGAAGCUGUAGCCUCUAGGAGAGACAAGUUUGAUUAUGGCAACGGCCGUGGCCGUGGUAACAUCAAGAUUGAAGACAACAUAACCAAGGAGUAUAGGGCGCAGGAGCGCAAAGUACCCGAACCAGAAAAGCCAAAAAUGAAGCCCGCCGUUGGUGCGGCAAAGAAGUCCAAGUUAGCCUCAAACGCGGACGAGAUGAUGAACCUCAUCAUGAAGCGGUGUAUAGAUUACAUACGCAGCCAAAUGAAGGAAAUACCGGAACAAGUAGCCGAGAGAUUGUUAGAGAAGUUGUACCAAAAUGGUGUGAUGUACAAGCCAGCGGCCGCUGGGGCUUCCGGCAACAACGAUGCAGACGAAGAAGUGGAUUCCUUUGAGAAUGGUUCGCCAGAAAAAAAAUUCGUGUACAAGGAUGACUCUGACGGUCUAGAGCCGGUGAUUGAUUUGACACAGCCUGACGAGCCUGUUGGAAACCAGAACAACGAUGAGGAGGAAAAAACACAUGCCAAGUUAAAUGUUGACAAGACAACGAAGCCUACUGAUGAGUGCGGCGCAACACCGGAGAACCCUUGGAUCAUAGGUAAUUCUCCUCGAGCAGAAUCGUCCGACAUUGACAUUUCUACAAGUUCUAUCGACAGGAUGGUGGGUAAGAGCAAGGGGGAAAAGGCUGUAGCAACCGCAAAAGAAGACGAUGUUGUAUCCGGGAAGCGCCGACGGACUAUUCCCAAGAAAUUUGAAUCCCCCUUUGCACUUGACAAGCCCAGCAAGCGAAACGCACACGCUUUGUUUAGUGACCAUGACGUGGGAGGCUCUGUUAAGGACGAUUUGACACCGGAACUCAUCGAUGCUGUUGUUAUGUUUGUGGAGGCAGCCACUCGGUCUGAGAAGAAUAUGACAAAAAGAGUUUACUACAAUGAACGUGGCACCUCUGUGACUGUGGAGAGUAUACGACCGACACAUUUGGCUCUGCGCGUUGGUCAUGAUCGGCACCUCUGUCCAGCCUGGAGGUCCAAAUACCUUGUUGAUUGUGCUAAGGCACGAGACAACCCUAAACCGUCGAAAUACAACAUGGAUAGUGCGCUGAGCAGAGCUGGAGCAGUACGUAGGGUUCUGGACGAGUAUACCGUCCGUGAUAAGUCGUUUAUCCCGUUGAACAUCGGCAAUACACACUGGAUCACUAUGGUGAUGCACAACCGCAAGAAAGAAUUCCAAGUUUUUGAUUCGCUCUAUCCUCUCGAGUUCUCUCUCGACACUGUGAAAGCACUGCGACUAGCAAAAGCAAUUGAUAUGGAAGAGGCAAACCGUAUUACACUUGGCAAAUAUCCAGACGUCACUAAGUGGCCUAUCACAGCUCAGAUGGACAUGCCACUACAAGAGGACGGGACACGGUUAAUGCAAGGAGAAGGCGUCUCGUCGCCAAGUUGGUUCUCACCUAUCAACACGCUCGAAUGUGUGAAGAACAAAAUUCGCGACAUCGCAAAGAAACGCAAGGUGUGA